GGACUUAAGUCACAACCAGAUCUCAGUAAUAGGCAAGAAAACUUUAAAAGGACUGAAUAACUUGAAGAACUUGCUUCUCGACAACAACAAAUUAACAUGUAUCGACGAUUCGUCUUUAAAAACUAUGAAGGAUCUCGAAGUUCUAACCUUAAACAACAACAAUAUCACUUGGUUGGGAAAAGACAUGUUUUCGAACAUGUUCCGCUUAAGGACGUUGCGAUUGGCCGACAAUUUGCUGCAUUGCGACUGCAAUUUGUCCUGGUUGGCCAGAUAUUUGAGGCACUAUCCUCGAUUGGCCCAGUACAGCAGGUGUUAUUCACCGGGACACCUGAAAGGACAAAAUUUGGCUGAUGUCCAAGAUCACGAGUUCAAAUGUUCCGGUCUUGCUGAAAGAGCCAUAAAUGGAGAAUGUGUAAAUGAGCCUCAAUGUCCUCAUCCGUGUAGAUGCGCUGAUGGGAUUGUAGACUGUAGAGAAAAAGGACUGACCAAAGUGCCAGAUCAUUUACCAGAAACUACGACUGAGAUACGAUUAGAACAGAACGAAAUAACCAAUAUUCCGAACAAAGCUUUCGCAAUCUACAAACGCCUCCGGAGAAUAGACCUGAGUAACAAUAAAAUAUCGAGAAUCGCGCCAGAUGCUUUUGUUGGAUUGAAAGGCCUUACGUCACUUGUACUGUACGGAAACAAAAUCAAAGAACUACCAGCUGGUGUGUUCCAAGGACUGACUUCCUUACAACUUUUCUGUGAGUGUCUUCCCGGUUUCAGUGGACUUCGAUGUGAAACGAACAUUGACGAUUGCGUCAACAACAAAUGCGAUAACAACGCCACCUGUGUCGACCUCGUCAACUCCUACGAAUGUAAAUGUCUCAACGGAUUCAUGGGCGAGUACUGCGAGAGAAAAAUUCCCUUUUGUACUGAACAGUACAACCCUUGUGAAAAUAACGCUCGCUGUGUCGAUCACGAUAGUUAUUAUACUUGCGAGUGUCUACCUGGUUUUAAGGGCCAGAACUGCUCCGCCAACGUAGACGAAUGCGAGAAUCACAUGUGUCAGAAUGGGGCUCUGUGUGUGGAUGGAAUAAACGAGUACUUCUGCAAGUGUUCCGGCGACUAUACCGGCAAAUUCUGCGAGAUCAGCCCCAUAGUGGCCAUGAUGUAUCCACAAACUUCACCCUGUCAACACCACGAUUGCGUGCACGGGGUCUGCUUUCAGCCUAGCGGAUCGAACGAUUACUUGUGCAAAUGCAAGCGUUGCGAAUAUCUCACGAGUCUAAGCUUCACGCACAACAAUUCAUACGUUGAGUUAGAACCCUUGAGGACGAAGCCAGAGGCCAAUGUUACGAUUGUGUUCUCGACCACCAACGAGAACGGAGUACUGAUGUACGAUGGACAGAACGAACAUCUGGCUGUAGAGCUAUUUAUUUUGAGAUGGUCUCCGGAUGGUCAGUAUCACACAGCGGAGUUGAUAGCCAUCAAGAAAAACUUCACGCUAAGAGUAGACCGAGGUCUAGCUAGGAGUAUUAUAAACGACGGUUCCAAAGAUUACCUCAAACUGACAACGCCCAUGUAUCUGGGAGGGAUACCUCCAGAGCCAGGAGAGCACGCUUACACCGACUGGCACCUGAGAAAUCUCACCAGUUUUAAUGGCUGCAUGAAAGAAGUAUGGAUAAACCACAAGCAAGUCGAUUUUGGUAAUGCAAAAACUCAGCAAAAGGUCCAACCAGGAUGUGGAUCGAUAGAAGAUAAGUUCGACGACGAUCUACAGGAGGACGAAAUGGAUGAGAUGAUUGAAGAACCACCUGCACCACCAAUAGAUCCAUGUCUUAACAAUAAAUGUAAACAUGACAGUAAAUGUUUGGAGACUACAGGUGGAGAAUACGUAUGUAAAUGCAAACCAGGAUACAAGGGCAAAUACUGCGAGCAAGGUGAGGAAGAGAGUAAGUAUAUCACCAGUGGGGCAUUAGCUGGUAUUGUGCUCCCACUUGCAAAAAAGGAACAAGUCAGAGAAUAUUAUUCAGAAAACGGCUGCAGGUCUAGGAAGCCUUUGAAAAUAGCGAAAUGUAUUGGGACUUGUGGGUCUAGCUGUUGUCACGCUAGAAAAAGUAAACGACGAAAGGUUCGCCUCAUCUGUUCCGACGGCACCCGUUACACGAAAGACAUCGACGUAGUGCGCAAAUGCGCCUGCACGAAGAAAUGCUACUGA